CAUCCAGUCUGACAACAACCUCGACUCCAUGGCUCCGAAAAGAAAGGCGAAAGAGGCGUUUGGCCAGCAGGGCCAGCUGAGCGCCUUUGCGGCGGCGAAAAUUGCGAGGCAACAAGUCCAACCCGAACCAACCUCUGCGCCACAAACCAUCACAGACUCGGUCGACCUCGCGACAGAAGUGGCGAGUCUCCCGUAUAAUGGCGAGCGUAGCAGAUACAUCUCACCGGAUCUCACCUCUGGCGCCGUGCUGCGCAGCGCGCAAUUGCCUCCCAGGCCGGAUGCUAUCAGACUUUCUACUUUCGUCCCGAAUGCGAACACUGUCCUACGAGACGAUGAUGAGUGUUUGGAACUCAGUCUGCAGAAAGGCGUGGCUGUCGUACUGGUCGGCGAAUACGACGUCUGCGUCCUGAACGACACGGGCUGCAUCAGCGUUGCUGGAACAUUCUUAAUCCUCGCCCAAGGCCCUCGGAGGGUUUACGCGCCGACGACUCAUGCUCUGCCUCAACUACGCGCAGAGCGAGACGACACAACCAUACGAAUCUCAUCGUUUCAUUCCCGGCUUCGACAGCUGGAAAGCCUAUCACCCUUCUUCUGUAAUCUUUGGAACUCAACCGCGAAUACGAAACGGUCUUUCACCCUUCUCCGGACGACCGAUGAUGACCUUCUCCGGCGGUCUUUGAAUUUGCUGGAGCUUGACAACGAGACUUCAAUCCGUACGAUCUUGAAUAAGGCAGCGAGCACUAGGAAGUGGCCGUCAGUGAUGGCCAUCGGCUCCAAAUCCUCAGGCAAAUCCACCUUGAACCGCUUCAUUGUCAACAAGAUGCUCAGCUCAAUCCGUGGACUCAGCUGCAUGUACCUCGACCUCGACCCAGGACAGCCCGAAUUCGGUCCUGCAGGACUAAUCUCUCUCGUCGAAGUCAAGGUCCCCAUCCUCGGACCGCCCUUCACCCAUCACGCUUCGUCAGGAUCGGCACAAUACAGACUCAUCAGAUCCCACGCCAUCGCCGCGACGAGCUUCAAAGACGACCCAGAGCACUACAACUCAUGCGUGCGAGAUCUUCUCAAACGCGUCAGAUUCGAGCGGGACUUCAUCGUCGUCAACACCUGCGGCUGGGUUAACGGCCUAGGCGCAAGCGCACUCGUGGAGAUCGCCUCGCAUCUGCCUCUAAGCGAUCUCUUCGUCCUCGACCCCGUGGACGAAGCCUUGGUAAGGGAAAUACACUUAAGAUCAGGCGGCAAACCAACGAUCCACCACACGCCUCGCCGACCACCUAGGCCCUCGUCUCGCACCCCAGCAGAAAUGCGAGCAAUGCAGAGCAUGUCCUACUUCCACCGCCGCUUUCCCCCACCCAUCCCCACCAACAACGACCAAACACCCCUCGCCCAACCAAAAUGGAGCGCCAAACCCAUCUCCAAAGUCCGACCAUGGGUAAUCGACUACGCCGGCCCAUCGCGCGGAAUCCACGCCGUGCUCUCCCACGCCCAAACCCCCGACCCCGCCUUCCUCUCCGAAGUCCUCGCCGGCGCACUCGUGGCCAUCGUAGUCCUCGAGCAACCCACCAACUUCCUCCUCUCGGACUCCUCACACCCAACAGCCUCGGCAGCAGAAGAAGAAGAAGAAGAAGAAGAAGAGGGAGAAGCGGAGGACCCAAUAUCUCUCACCCCCGACUCAUCGUCUCUCCCUUACGUCCCCCCAUCCGCGAAAACAGGCAUCCCCCGCUCCCUGAACCCGGGUACAACACACGCCCUCGGCCUUGCACUGGUGCGCGGAAUCGACACCACGCACAAACAACUGCACCUCCUGACCCCACUUCCCGAAGCGGAAAUGACGGCUCUCAAAAGCCAGAAAGUGGUCCUUGUGCGCGGCGCCUUUGAUGCGCCUGAGUGGGCCUAUUUGGAGGAUGGGUUUGCGAGGGGUGCGACAUUGGCGGGAGGAGGGGUGGGCGCUGCUGUGGCGGCUGAGGAAAGGCCGUGGGUUAGUAGGCGGGAGAGGGUGGGGAUUGAGGGCAAGGUGUGGAGGUUGCGGCAUCCGCCUUUGGCUGCGGCGAUGGGAGGGCGGUGAGGAAGAGGGGGAUUAUGUUUGUAUAGUGCUAUUGGCGAGUAUACAAUAUCACGUCGCACGUUUGUCGUGUCGGGAAUCGUCCAACUUUUGUUCCCUCGCUUAUGCCCUGUUCACCACGCGCCAAUGCCUUCAUCCAGCAGAUUACCCAUGAUUUGUGGCAGAACGCUGACUCGCUUGCUCACUCUUUGCCGCAUGCUUUGCACUCUGACGUUGAAAUGGGGAAGUCAAACCAAGCCCCCGCAUCACGAAACAACCAACACCAGUCUCCGAUAUCCUCACGCCACUCGGCCCUCCGCCUGCGCCUCGCGAACUUGCUCGAAAACCUGUCC